AAAAGUAUUAGAUUUUAUUUGCUCUUCUGUUCGCCACAAGGAGCCAUCAUUUGAACUCUGAGCGUCGUUGCAGGUAUUCGUAUUACGUUGUUUAUUUGCAUCCUGUGAGAGGCCAAAGAAUCGAAAUGAAAAAGAUAUUAUUAAAGAGUCAAGCUCUUCUAAAGAAGGAAAACGCUAAGCUAGAUAAAAUCGCUCAACCUCCUGAUUGCGUAAAAGCCGUCGAAGAGAGUUCUAAAGUGGUUUCUUUCAAUAAAGAAACCCAAUCUGAGGCCUUUUUUCAUAAGGAAGAAGAAGAAAAGGUUUGUACUAUGACUCUCCUCCUGGAAUCAAAGUCGUACGUUCUAAAGCAACAAGAUUCAAAGAAUCAAAGUUCAAUUCCCCCUACUCAACAACAGCUCCAGUUUACACAUCAUUUGCAGCAACAACAGCAGCAGCAACAACAACGACCACCUCCGCAGUUUCAAUUAGACAGAUCUUUCUUUCAAAAGGUCCCGCGUAGACAGCGCGUAUCUCGUCACGGACCCGACUAUUCAAGAUCUGCUACAACAAUGAGGUCUACUGAUAAUAGUCCCGCAAGUUUUCGUUGCUAUUUUCCUACUUGCUAUUGUCAGUAUUCGUACAACAAGCACGUCAAUCCGAAUCUUAGACAGACUUAUCGACAAUCGUCCAAUCCUCAUAUGAGAUACAAUGGACAGGCAAACUCUAACGCUAGUAGCACGAGUUUUUAUCCUAAUUCUAGCUAUUCCUACUCGGGUGUAAAUUUUGGUCAGUUUACACCAAAUACGGCAAUUUACAAUGACUACUCUCCAACUUGUUUGGGCUAUUCGCGUACCGCAAAUCCAGUUGAUCGUAGAAGUCAGAGAUCGAAGCCACCCUACGAAGAACAAAAACCUGCUGAUUUCAGUAAUAUUGGACCAAUCGACUACUCAAUGGAUGCCAGAAAAUCUAUAUAGAUUACUACUAAACAAUUACGUAUGCAGUGCAUUGAAGGAUAAUUAGAAGUUACGUUGUCUCUCAUUACCUAUACACCAUACUCCUAAACUUCCAAGAAUUGUACAAUAAAAACUCUGUGUAUUGUUAUUUCGUAGUAAACUACUUAACGCCAUCUAACGUUCUUAAAAAGGCGUAUUUAACUCCUACUUUUUAACUAGAAAGAACACUCUGUAGAAUGGAACUUUUUGCUUAAUAAAACUCACUUUUAUCUUCG